AACACAUAGGAAAAGCGUUUUAUUGGGAUUGAGAGAAUCUGUCAAGUUUGAAAAAUCAAGUUGGGAGAAUUGUGUUUUAUUGAUUAAAUCCGGGGGUUUGUGCCAUUUUUUGUGGAUUUCGCGAAGGAAGCUCACAAGUGGAUUACACGGCGAUUAGUGGAGCAUCUCAGCAUCCUGGAUCUCCUCGCCACACCGUAGAAAAUCCUUCCUGUCUGAAGCAUUCCAGCUCAUCUCCAACUCCUUGAUAUAUAUAUUUCGGUCUUCAAGUUACCCACCGGAAACGAGAAUGUCAUCCAAUCCUAGCCAGCAGCAAGCACAAGUGGCAGUGCAGCCCCCGGAAAAGAAGCAAUUCGCACUCCUGCCAAAGAUUGUAAAUGGUGGGAUUGCUGGAAUUAUUGGGGUUUCGUGUGUCUUCCCCCUGGAUUUGGUGAAGACUCGCCUGCAGAAUCAACAGGUUGGCCCAAAUGGGGAGCGUAUGUACAAAUCAAUGUUUGACUGCUUCAAGAAGACAUACCGAGCAGAAGGUUAUUUUGGAAUGUAUAGAGGUAGCGCUGUUAACAUAUUGCUAAUAACCCCGGAGAAGGCCAUCAAAUUGGCCGCUAAUGACUUCUUCCGUCAUCACCUCACAACUAAGACGGGGGAAUUGCCCGUUGUGCGUCAGAUGGCGGCUGGUGGUCUCGCGGGUCUCUGCCAGAUUAUCAUUACAACCCCCAUGGAGUUGCUGAAGAUUCAAAUGCAAGACGCCGGGAGGGUAGCAGCGCAAGCAAAAGCAUCCGGAAAGACCGUACCCAAGACAUCAGCUACAAAACUAGCCCUGGAUCUGUUCCGUGAAAAGGGUGUGAUGGGCUUGUACAAAGGUAUUGGGGCCACAAUGCUGCGGGAUGUCUCCUUCUCCAUCGUCUACUUCCCACUCUUUGCCACCCUCAACAAUUUGGGUCCCAGGAAGAAUGAUGGAUCAGGUGAAGCGGUAUUCUGGUGUUCCUUCCUCUCAGGAUGUGCUGCGGGUUCCAUGGCAGCUCUCUUUGUGAAUCCCUUUGAUGUGAUCAAGACGAGACUCCAAGCAAUCAAAAAGGCCGAAGGGGAGGUCGCAUUUAAUGGCAUCAGCGAUGCAAUUCUGAAAACUUUCAAGAAUGAAGGUGUGACGGCAUUUUUCAAGGGUGGUCUCUGCCGUAUGAUUGUGAUUGCACCACUCUUUGGUAUUGCACAGAUGGUGUACUUCCUGGGCGUAGCAGAAGCCAUCCUCGGCAUUAAACCCGCUGCCCAUUAAUUUUUCUCCAUUUCAAGAGCACCAGCAAAAAUGAAUGAAAACAGCCCAAAUACUCCCGAAUCUUCACAGAAUGUCACACAAUAUGGUGAGAGUUAGAAAAAAAACCAGCAAACUAAUGAUCAAUUAAUUAGGCCACAAAUUGACUCAUGGACUGUAAAACAGUUCUCCGUAAAUGAGGGUGGGAUGUUGACAAUAAAAAAUGAAAAUAAAAUUAUGAAUUUUAAAAAAUGAAGUGUAAAAUGUAAAGUGUAUGUUACAUAAAAUUGCUUAUAAGUAUGAGACUUUCAUAAAACAUAAGAGAGACAAUAUAUCAAUGAAAGUCUUGUCCAAUACUAAAUAGUUUAAAAUGAAAAGCAAACAAAUAUGUGUCUCAAAAAGAAAAACUCUUUUGUUCAUAUUGUAAAUUAAAUAGAUUUAUAAUUUAUUCGCCACGAAAUGUACUGAUAGAAUGUAUGAUGAGUUUGCAUCAGUGAGUUGUUUAUAGAAAAUCUUUGUUCAAAAAAAAAGAAAGAAAUACAUUUAUUGUGUCAAUUAA